CACACUCCACCCACCACACCAGCGUGUGUCGUGGCUCUUGCCCUCGUUCACAAGGGGUGUGUCCACACGUCAGGGACUCCGCCACAAGGAAGAAAGAGCCUUUAGUCUCUCUCUCUCUCUCUCUCUUCUGUUCAGUGAGAGCUACUUAUAUCCAGAGCUAGGGAUCGUUGCGACGCACAAGGCACGACAUAGUAUACACGGAGGAAAAAAACACAAAGCAAUCACAUCAAGAGCAAGAGGGAAGAAAGGGCAGCAAGGAACCAGAAUGCAUCCUCCUCCCGCUGCUGUCGUCGCAGCUCCUCCUGCUGCUGCUGGUGGUGGCGGUGGUGGUGGUGGCGCCGCCGCCGUCAAUGCUGCCGGACGUCCACCAGGGUACAAGUGGCGGCCCGUGCGGUCCUGGGGCGCCCUCACUUGGGUGCAGGUCGGCAUCGCCGCCACGGCUGCUGCCUUCGCCCUCUUCGCGUCCACGCUCAGGCCCACCGACUUUCCCUACGUGCCGGCCCAGUGCGUGACCACGGCCGCGGAGGUCCUGGAGCUGCGCUACUACGCGGGCCUGCUGCUGAGGUGCGCCAUGGCGCAGGCAGGCGCGGCCGCCGCGGCGCUCGUCAUCACGCCGCCGUCCACGCUCAAGGGGUGCCUCGCCGGGUUCGCCAACCUGCUCGGGCUGGUCACGCUCACCCACCUCUUGGAUGUCGUCCGCAGGGUCCUCGCGGCCACCGGCGGGUCCUGCUUCACCGGCCACUUUCGCACCGUGGAGUACAUCUUCCACGUCAUCACCGCCGACGCUUUCCUCUUAGCCAUACCACUCAUCUGGUUCUUCGGCCAGUAGCUACAGCAGAGCUACCCAUGCAUGACUAUGAACCCAUCCAUGCAUGUGGCUAUAUCUAGAGAAAUCACCAUAUUAUGCAUAUAUAUGUUUGCUGCGUGUGUCCUAUAGAUUGCAAUCACGUCUAGGAAAUUAAUUAUAGUGCUAAGAACCCAUCCAUGUGGCUCUCUCGAUCUAGUUAGGUUCACCAUAUUAUGCACAUAUGUGUGGUUCGUGUGUCCUACACGUACCUCUUCGUGCCCAAGAUUGUGUCGAGCAUAGCCAUGGUGGCGACCACGUCUAGGGAAUUAAUUACAGUACGUGCUAAGAAUCUUCCAGUUCUAAUGAGUUGAGCCAUGAUUUUCUCAUCUUCCUAUUGGUUUGAUUUUUGGCUAUAUAUGCGGCCAGUAGUUAUAUAUGCAUGGUGGGCUGGCGACCACGUCUAAUGUAUUACAGUGGUAAGAAUCGAGUUCUAAUAAAAUUGUGUUGAGCUA